AUGAGCGACACAAAAAAGACAGUCUUAGUGACUGGAGGGAAUGCUGGCUUAGGAUACGAGGUCGUGAAGGCACUUUACAAGUCUAACACAGCAUACAAUCUCAUUAUCGCUUCUCGUUCUUUGCCUAGAGCCCACGGUGCUAUCGAAACACUGAUUAAAGAGGCCCCUCAUUCAUUGUCAACUCUGGACGCUGUCCAGUUGGAUAUAUCACAGGAUGAUUCCAUUAAAUCCUGCAUCGAACUCGUGAGCACAAAGCAUGGGAAGCUUGAUGUUUUGAUCAAUAAUGCAGGAGCUGCUUUUGAUUAUGAGAUCUCAGCAGGCCGAAUGAGUCUUCGCGAGGGCUUCAAUAACUCCUGGGAUAUUAACGUCACUGGGUCGCAUGUGCUGACUCACUUAGCCAUGCCUCUUCUCUUCAAGUCUGAUGAAAGACGUCUUCUCUUCGUGACAAGUGGUGCAGCGUCAUUGGCAGAGACUGAAAUGUCUGGCUCGGCUAUGUUUGACCGAAACAAUGCCGCGCCAGACGCCGGAUGGCCAAAACCCUCCCAGCGAGAUAUCACAGCAUAUAAAUCGUCAAAGACAGGUCUUAACAUGUUGAUGAGAGAAUGGGAGCGUAUUCUGCGUAACGAUGGUUUCAAAAUUUGGUGCAUCUCACCCGGAUUCCUGGCUACUGGGCUAGGCGGUGCUGGCCCGGAGGUUCUGAAAAAGUCGGGAGCACUUGACCCUUCUGUGGGUGGGCACUUUAUUAAGGAUGUGGUUGAAGGUAGACGUGAUAUGGACAUUGGCAAAGUUAUAAGAGUUGACACGAUUCAACCUUGGUGA